AUGCAGAGGGAGAAGCCGAUAACCAGUUCCACGCAGACAUCCGUAAAUCCUUAUCACUAUGAACCGCCACCACCGGAUGAGCCAUUCGCAGUACGCUACGACACACCAUUUCUAUUCAUGGUGUACGAAAGGACGCAUCGCCUGCCGAUUAUUGUUGGAUGUUAUGCUGGAGAGCCAUGCACACAAAGAGCGCUGGUUGAUGCGAAAGUUCCACGUCUGAGGAAAACAGGCACACGCACACGUGGCUGCAACUGUUGCCGAAAGACAAAUGAUAAAGACUAA